AUGUAGUAUUACUUUUACCAUUUCCUGUAACUGAAUCUUUAAAUUAUACCAGAACUACACAUGUUACAAAAUAGUAUCGGAUCGAAUGAUCUUAUCACGCAAUCAAUCACGGAUUUAUAGCCUUGCAUUUGGACAUGAUAGUUCAAUUUUGUAUUGUCACUUCUUAUGAUUAAGCAACCUUUCGUUUCAGAUCAGUCACAGAAUAUGAAUCUACAGUUAAUCUUUCUAAUAUUGAUGGUAGUGUAUGCAUCAUCUGCUGACAGCUCUUGCCCAGGAAUAAACAAUGGAGAAUUCGAAGAUUUGAUGAAUGUCAUGAAGAAGAUUACUUGUCAAUCAGGAGGAACCUUUAAAAAACCGGCGUUUCUUGCAACAUUAACCCCAAGAGAAGUGACGUUAACAUCUAGCAGCGUAGUUAAAUUUGAUUCUAUUCUAACAAACAUCGGGAAUGGAUACGACGCAAAUUCCGGAGUGUUUACGGCUCCACGUAAAGGGACAUACAUAUUCGCAGUGAGUUUCGUCGCUGGUAAUAGAAACGAAUGGCUCGAACUGACCCUGGCGAAAAAUAACAAUCGACUUGUAAGGGGUCAUGCUGCAUAUGCACCAUUUACAACAGGAUCUCUAGAAGCCAUUCUCGAAUUGGAGAAAGGGGAUCGAAUCUCUAUCAUCCAACCUCGUCCUUCAGGGCAUAUUUUAGGUGAAAAUUAUUCGAUGUUUUCCGGACAUUUAAUAUAAGUAAAAUGCAUCAAAUAAAAGUUUGUAACAUCUUAA